AUGGCCCUGUCCAAGGAGGAUUUGAGAUAUAAGAAACUUGAGCGACUUCAGAAGUUUGCAGAAAUGGAUGCUAUCAAGGAACGAGCCUGA